CGGAGUCCAUCCAAAACCCUAAAACCCUCACCCUCGCACCGUCGCCACCGACCGGCCGAAUCGAUCACGCCGUACACCAUGCCUACCUCCUCGCACGAGGCCGGAGACAGCCUUCCCUCCGUAUCCGCUUCCUCCAUCGUCGCUAGCGCCGUGUGCGGUUACCACUUGCUCAAGAUCGUCAGCUACUCGCGCACCAAGGAGGUCCCCAAUGGUAAGUCGAUCGAGUCUAGCCCGUUCCAGCUGGGAGGCCGCACAUGGCAUCUUCGUUACUAUCCCAACGGGAACAAGAAAGGAGAUACCGAUUACAUAUCCGUUUUUCUCGUCUUGGAUGAUGCCGUCACGGAGGCCGAGGCCGUGAAGGCACAAGCUAAGUUCAGCUUACUCGACCAACAGGGGAAUCCUGUGCCGUCCUACACCGAACGUACCACCACCAACAACUACGCUGUGAAUAAAACUUGGGGAUAUGAUAGGUUCAUCAAAAGGGAUGAAUUAGAGGAAUCAGAGCAUCUCAAGGACGAUUCCUUCACUAUCAAGGUCGACAUCACUGUCCUAGGCUUGUUCCACGGGCAGGUGACUCCAUCCAUCGUGGUACCGCCGUCUGACUUGCACCAGCACUUAGGGGAUCUCCUGUCAAGCAAGGCGGGCGCCGAUGUCGAAUUCCUAGUCGGCGGUGAGACUUUCUCUGCGCACCGGUACGUGCUCGCGGCGCGCUCUCCUGUUUUCAAAGCAGAGUUCUUUGGUUCCAUGGAGGAGAGCACCACCAAAAAUGCCAUACGUAUAGAUGACAUGGAGGCACAGGUGUUCAGUGCUCUGCUUACUUUCAUGUAUACGGACACGUUGCCGGAUAUGAAGCAAGAAGAAGAAUAUCACAUGGCUCAACAUUUGCUUGUCGCAGCUGACAUGUAUGAUUUGGGGAGGUUGAAGCUGAUUUGUGAAGAUAAACUGAGCAAUCAUAUCGAUAGGAGCUCCAUGGCGGCCAUGGUGACAUUGGCGGAGCAGCAUCACUGCCAUGGGCUUAAGAAAGCAUGUUUGGUAUUCCUCAGCUCGUCAGCGAAUCUGAAUGCGCUCAUCGAGUCUGAAGGCCUUGAGUUUUUAACCAAGCACUGCCCUGGUCUUUUGAAGGAUCUCCUCUUGUCCAAGGUUGUAGCUUGUUGACUUGGGAGAAGAAAAUCAAGGGCAUGGACAUGGCUAGGUUUCGACGCAUGCAUGCAUGCAUGACAAGUGCAAUUCUAUUCAGAAUGUUACUCAGAAAAGUCUGGAAUGUUACUCAGAAUGGAUACGAAAUGACCUAAUACUAUUUGUAGUCUUUUUGUCACAAGGAUGCGAUGUACCUCGGUUCUUUUAGGUUUUU